AUGAACAGCCUCUCCAGGAGUAUCGAGGACCAGAGAAACAUUGGAGAGAGCCCGUCUCACAAACCGGAGACAUCCAGGUACCGCAGCUGGAGCAGCCUCCGCUUCUCCAGGUGGAGAAGUGGCUCCCAGAGGACGUCCCCCCCUGGUACCCCCUCCCCAAAGGCAGAGAAGAAGGCCGAUGUGACCAAGACGCUCUUCUCCUUGGUUCAGACUCACAAUGACGACUACACGGCAGAUCCAGAUGGCCUGCUGGACACCAACGAGGAGGGCGAGGGAGGAAGCGACGACAGAAGACCCUCAUCGGACCAGUCCAACUGCUUCCAGAAGCAGUUCGGGUCAAUGCUGCAGCCCGGGGUCAACAAGUUCUCCCUGCGAAUGUUCGGCAGCCAUAAGGGUGUCGCUGCUGAGCAGGACAGGGUCAAGAGCUUUGGAGUGUGGAUCAUCCACCCUUACAGUGACUUCAGGUUUUACUGGGACAUCGUGAUGCUCCUGUUGAUGAUGAGUAAUCUGGUCAUCUUGCCCUGGGGAAUCACCUUCUUUGAGGACCAGAACACCAUGCCCUGGAUCACCUUCAACGUCCUGUCUGACACUCUCUUCCUCAUGGACCUGGUUUUCAAUUUCCGCACGGGCAUCCCGGUAGAGGACAGCCACAUCAUCCUGAACCCCAAAGAGAUCCGCAUGCAUUACCUCCGCACCUGGUUCCUGGUGGACUUCAUCUCCUCCAUCCCCGUUGACUACAUCUUCCUCGUUGUUGAUCUGGAGUCACUGCACGAGUCGUCUGACGUGUACCGCACCGCCCGCGCCCUCCGCAUCGUACGCUUCACCAAGAUCCUCAGUCUGCUGCGUCUCCUCAGACUGUCUCGCCUCAUCCGCUACAUUCAUCAGUGGGAGGAGAUUUUCCACAUGACUUAUGACCUGGCCAGCGCUGCGGUGCGCAUAGUCAACUUGAUUGGUAUGAUGCUGCUGUUGUGCCACUGGGAUGGCUGCCUGACCUUCAUGGUGCCAAUGUUGCAAGACUUCCCCCCAGACUGCUGGGUAGCCAAAAACAACAUGGUGAAUUCUACAUGGCACCUACAGUACUCCUAUGCCCUCUUUAUGGCCAUGAGUCACAUGCUGUGUAUAGGAUACGGUGCCCACCCUCCAGAAGGCAUGACUGACGUUUGGCUCACCAUGAUCAGUAUGGUCGUGGGGGCCACCUGCUAUGCCAUGUUCCUCGGUCAUGCAACUACCCUGGUCCAGUCCUUGGAUGCAUCACAUCGCCAGUAUCAGGAGAAGUAUAAGCAAGUGGAGCAGUACAUGUCGUUCCACAAAUUGCCAGCGGAUGUAAGACAGAGGAUCCAUGAUUAUUACGAGCAGCGAUUCCAAGGCAAGAUGUUCGAUGAGGACAGCAUCCUUGGAGAGCUCAGUGAUCCGCUGAAGGAGGAGAUUGUCAGCUAUAACUGCCGUGGGCUUGUAGCCAACAUGCCACUGUUUGCCAACACCGACCCUCAUUUUGUGACAGUGAUCCUGACAAAGCUGCGUUUCGAAGUCUUCCAACCUGCGGACUUCAUUAUACGAGAAGGAACGCUGGGUCGGAAAAUGUACUUCAUCCAGCACGGCACCGUCACUGUCGUCCCACGUGGCAGUAAAGAGAUCACGCUCAACGAUGGAGCGUAUUUUGGAGAGAUCUGCCUGCUAACCCAAGGACGACGCACAGCCACCGUGAAGGCUGACACCUACUGUCGCCUUUACUCCCUGAGCGUGGACAGUUUCAACGAGGUCCUGGAGGAGCAUCCUCUGAUGAGGAGGGCGUUUGAGAGUGUGGCUGUGGACCGACUGGGCCGGGUGGCUCGCAGACCCAGUUAUCAGCCUCCCCCAGAUGAGUGA